AUGGCUACUCUGCCCUUCCGGGACAUCAAUGUCCACGCCUCAGCGUCGCACUAUGCUUUCACAUCACCAUCCACACCCUCAGCACCGACGCUGGUCAUUGAGCGACCGUCAGGCGACAUCAGACUCAACAAUGGCGCUCUGCUCGGUAGCAAGCGAGUCUCCAGCAUCGCAGGUAUCUUGGGCAUUAUCAAGCUGAAACUCGACAAGUACAUUAUUGUCAUCACCAAGGCGCAGACUAUGGGGAGACUUCGAGGCCAUAUGCUGUACAAAGUUGUUGCCACAGAGUUCUUGUCACUCCGAGAACGACCAGUCCACGAUCCAGACGAGGACAAGUACAUUGCCUACCUGAAGACUCAGUUGACCGGACCGAUGUUCUUCUCUUACUCACUCGAUGUGACCAACAGCUUUCAGCGGCAGGCACAGUCAAAUCUGUCAGACCCACUUUGGAAGCGCUGCGAUGACCGAUUCUUCUGGAACCGCUUUAUUCAGACCGAUCUCAUCGACUUUCGGAUGGGCGAGGGCGGCAGCAUGAAGAGCGGUCCACACCUCGGAGUCGACCCAUAUAUUCUGCCUGUCAUGUUCGGAAUGUUGCGCGUCACUCCAGCUAAAGUCAAGGGUACCCCGUUCACCUUUGCCCUUAUCACAAGACGCUCUAGGUACAGAGGUGGUACCCGAUACUUCUCGCGAGGCAUCGACGCGGAUGGCCAUGUCUCCAACUUCAACGAGACAGAACAGAUUGUCAUCUUGAACGAUCCGACAGGCGCACCUACCGGAUACGCCAGCAGUCAAGCUGCGCAGAACGGCAAGAUUGGCGUCGGAUCUACCAACGAAACUCAGAUCAUGUCGUACGUGCAAACCAGAGGUAGUGUGCCGGUCUUCUGGGCGGAGAUCAACGACCUGCAUUACACACCAAAGUUACAGAUCAGAGGAGUCGAAUCUGCCGUAGAAGCAGCACGGAAACAUUUCAACGAACAGGUUCGUCUAUACGGCGAGAAUUAUCUUGUCAACCUGGUCAAUCAGCGUGGUCGGGAAGAGCGUGUCAAGAAGGCAUACGAGCAGAUGGUUCGCAUCCUUGUCAGCUCACCUGACGAAACUUCCGAGUCCGACAGUCGGACGAAUGAGAAGAUGACGAAUAUCGAGGGCUCUGGCAACCAGCGAAUGGACCGCUUACACUAUGUCUAUUUUGACUUCCACAACGAGACGAAGGGUCUCAAAUGGCACCGAGCCGAACUGCUGCUGGAUGAGUUGAUUGAUGGUCUUCGAAAAGGACAGUACUUCAAGGGCGCUGAGAUGCCUGGUGACAGCACAGGCGCCCUGGACACACGACUGAGCCAAAGCUCUGUUGUUCGGACAAAUUGCAUGGAUUGUCUGGACCGAACGAACGUCGUUCAGUCUAUGCUUGGACGAUGGGCGAUCAGCCAGCAACUUACAGAUGCGGGCAUUCUUAACCCUGGAGAGCGUGCUGGCGAUGACCGUGAAUUUGAAACAUUGUUCCGGAACAUGUGGGCGGACAAUGCGGAUGUGGUCUCAAACUCCUACUCCGGUACGGGUGCCCUGAAGACCGACUUCACACGAACAGGCAAUCGAACACGAGCUGGUAUGGCUCAAGACCUCAACAACUCCAUCACAAGAUAUGUCAAAAACAACUUCCUGGACGGACCACGCCAAGAUGGUUUUGACCUGUUUCUGGGCACCUACUUGCCAUCAACAUCUGGUGUUGGCUCAUCGCUCACCUUCGCUGACCGCCGACCACUUCUGAUUCAAGCAGUACCAUAUGUGCUCGCUGGAUCACUCUUCUUCGUUUUCAUAUCCAUGCUCACCCGACGAGCGCCAGAAUCUACAGUUUGGCCCCUCCGACUGUUCAUACUCAUAUGCGUUGUCAUCGCAGGGUGGGCUCUGCAGUUCAUUGUUGCGAACGGUAUGCUAUAUGUCAACUGGCCGAAGCUCAACACACCUCAAUUCGCAGCGGAAGGGUAUUCGGACGCUUUAGCACGAGCGCACAAAGAUAAGAUCGUCGGCCAAUUCAUCACAAGUCCGAAAGAUCACGAUCGCAGAGCGAGGAAACUGAGCACAAGCAAUGUAGGAUUUAUGGAGGAGGGCAAGAAGAGGAUAGAAUAA